AUGGAUCCCGCCACGCCCACCGCCGCGGGUCACCUCGCGCGGCUGGAGGCGGAGCUUCGCGCCAAGGAGGCUGCCGUGGCGGAGCGGGAGGGCGCGCUCGCGGUGCGCGAGCACGAGUUGGACUCGAUGCUGGAUGCUCAGGCGGCGACGAGGGCGGAAUCGGAGAACGCGGCGGCGGCCAUCGCGCGGGUGCAGGCGGCGAACGUCGCGCUCGCCGCGUCACUCGAUCGCAGGACGAAGGAGCUCGACGACCGGGAGUUCGCGCUCUCCGCGAGGGAGGCGAGGACCGGCGCGACGACCGUCGCGGCGAGAGAGCGCGACGUGGAAAAGUUGGAAUCCGAAACGAGGGCGCGCGACGACGCGUCCGCCGAGCGCGAGCGCGCCGCGGACGAGCGCGAGAGGCUCCUGCAGGAGCUCACCGCGCUCAUGCGCGAGCGCGAGCUCGCGUGCGCGGCGCGCGAGGAGCAGCUCGCGACGCACGAGGCGGCACUCCGCGACGCAGCGGCAGAGGACCGAUCAAUGUUGAAUCAAUCGCUCAUCGCGAACGACGCAUCCGAGAAUGACAACGCCGGAGACCUCGCGCUCGCGCAGGGUGCGCUGGAGAGGCGCGCCGCGGUCGUCGAGGAGCGCGAACGCGCGGCGGCGGCGUUCCUGGAGGAGAUCCGCGACCUCCACGCGGCGGUGCGCGACCGCGAGGCGGACGCGUCGGAGCGAGAAUCCGCGCUGACGCGACUCGGCGACGCCAUCGAACAGAGGCGGGAGGGCAUCGAGGCGGCGGAGAGGCGACGAGCGGACGCGCUGGACGCGAUGCAGGCGUCGCUGAGCGCGCGCGAGCGGGAGGUGGAGCGCAGGGAGGCUGAGGCCGAGGCGGGGGGGGGCGUCGCGGCGAGGGGCGCGGCGGCAAACGACGAUAGGCCGACGCCUCCGAGGUCACCGAACAAGAAGGUGAACUUCGCCGCCGUCGCCGCGGCUGCCGCGGAUGACGUCAUCAAGAACGUCGAGGGCGGCGGCGACGCGGCGACGGACGCGGAUGUGGACGAGGAGAAGGACGAGGAGAUGGCGAAGAUGGCCAAGACGUGCGAGGUUCUCGUGAUGAAGUGCGAGCUGCUCGAACUGGAGAAGCGAUCGAUCGAGGAGAAGCUGGGGCACGUGACGCAAGUGGCGUCCACCGCCUCCGCGCUCGUGCAGAAGCUAGACGAGGCGCUCGAGUCCCACGACGCGGUCCUCGCCGAGACCAGGGCUGAACGGGACGAGCUCAGGGCGGCGCUGGAAUCGACCGACCGAGACGUGGCCGCGUCUCCCCGGGCGGCAAACGGAGGAGGAGGGGAAGACGGCGCCCUGUUCCGCACGCUCGUCGCGCGAUCCGAGGCGCUCGAGGCUGGCCUCUUCGACCUCGAGCGACGCGCCGCCGCCGCGCACGCCUCCUCGGCGCGGGACAGGGCGUCGCUCGAGUCCGCGCUCGCGCGUCAACGCCAGCUGGAGUCGGAGAAGCGCCAGCUGGAGUCGGCGGCGAAGGCGCUCCGCGCGGAAAACGCCGCGCUGGCGUCCGCGCCGCCGCCCACCAAAUCGCGCGUCUCCGUCCAGCUCGCCAAGGAGCUCGAGUCCGCCAAAGCCGAGAUCGCGUCCCUGCGUCUGGCGCUCAUCGCCGCGGAUCGCAAGGCUAAAGCGGCGGAGGACGCCGCUAAAAACGCAGUCGAGCGCAUACGCAAAUCCGCCUCGCAGGGCGCCGCCAAGUUCGGCCGACGGGAGGCGGAGCGACUGGCGGAGAAGGAGCUGGCGCGCGCCAGACGGGACGCGACGCGAGCCGAGGAGCUUCUGGCGAUGGCCAAGAUUUCCCACGAAGCCGAACUCGGCGACAUGGCGAGAAACGCGGCCACCGCUCGCGGCGUGGAAGGCGUCUGGGUGAAACUUGCAGACGCCGCGAGACACGAGUGCGACGCGAACAAGGCGGCGCUGGCGCGGACGGAGGCGGAGUUGGCAACGGUACGGAGGGAGGGCCGGGCGAUGUGCGCCGCCGCGUUUUCGGCGAUGGCGGCGGCGGCGGAGACGAGGGACAGGCUGGAUUUUCGAACCGCCGCGCUCGCGUCCGCGGUGUCCGCGAUCGAGGCGGCGACGGUCCGGAUGUGUCCAGACCCGUCCAGAGACGUGUCGAGAGAUGCCCACGCCGGCUCCUCCGGCGACCCCCUCGACCUCGACGCCGUCGCGGACGCGCUUUCCGCGCCCGUGGAGGCGCUGGGGACGCUGGAGGAGCUGGCGCUCGCCGCCGCGGCCAAGUACGCCGGCGACGGCCGCGAAGACGGGGGCGAGGUGGAGGUCGGGAAGCUGGAGGCGAAGGCGUGCGCCGCGGUGGGCGGGAUGAUCGACGCCGCUCGAGGGAUCGCGGCGGCCGCGGCGACGUCGAGGGCGAUGCACGAGCGACUCGCCGCCCCGCUCGAUGACGUCGCCGGGACGCCGCCGACGACGACGGCGACGGCGGCGACGUCGCCGAUCGCCGCCUUCGACCAGCCGUCGACGGCGACGUCGCCGUUCGCCGCCUUCGACCGGGCGGAGGAGACGACGACGAUCCACCCCGCCCGUUCGCCCCCGACGCCGCCGUCCCCCGUCGUUCGGGUGACGCCCCCGCCGCCGGAUCCUCCCUGGGCGCGCGAUCGUCUGCCAACCCGGGGGCGCGGCUACCCGGCGUCUCGGGUGGACGCGGCGACGGCGCGGGAGGAGUCGCUGACGGCGUCGGUGGAGAGGGCGACGACGCCGGCGAUGGCGCGGCUGAGCGCGAUCGAGGCGUCGCUGUCGUCGAGGAGGAUGUCCAUGAUGGAGCGCAUCAAGAUGUUUGAUAAGGGGUAA